AAUAUUUUGGUAGUUAAUUUGUAUUUGUACCUCAUUCUUUAGACACAACACUAUGAAUCAAGAAAAACUAGCCAAGCUUCAAGCUCAGGUCCGAAUAGGAGGAAAGGGAACAGCUCGCAGAAAGAAGAAGGUGGUGCACAGAACAGCAACAGCUGAUGACAAAAAACUUCAGAGUUCACUCAAAAAACUGGCAGUAAAUAACAUUGCUGGCAUUGAGGAGGUAUAGUAAUAGUGUUUCCUGUGUGAAGUUAAAUUCACUGUGGUGAUUUGGUGUUAUUUUUUUUUUUACUUUCAUUUUCUUUCUCAAACUCGUAUGUCUGAUUAUGUACAGGUGAAAUUACUUGAUUUUAUCUAAUUUUGUCUCACUUACAUUAAUGUGCAUACUUCUAGAAAGAGAAGGGGAAAGGUUCUACUGUCCAGAAAGCGAGCACAGAAGAUAGUAAGCUGCUUGUGAUGCAUAUCUAUUGCAUUAAUUGCAGAACAAAAGAGCUCUUGAUUCUUAACCUCUUGAACUGAAAUUACCAAAUUUUAACAGUAGGGCAGUCUGUGUAUUUAUUGCACAAGCACACUUAGCUCUUAAGUGGUGCAGAGCAUAAAGGAGGGAAUCAAAAUCCCUGGAAUAGGAACUUACAAGUCCUAUCAAUGUUAUCAAAAUUGGAUGCUUUUACUUUGUGAAAGUAAAACCAGAAUUGUUUCUGGUAGAGACAGGAGACUGGUAUUUCUUAUGAUACUAGCAAAACUCUACAGAAGCAGCUUCUGUAUUGGAAUGGAAGGCUUCAGGUAUUCCGUACCAUUUUUGUGUGUAUUAAUUUUUCAGGAUAAAGUAUGAACUGGAAUAAAAACUCUUUCCAAAAUGCUUUAGAGACAGUGACGCUUAUGUGGGAGGGAGUGGUGUUUCUUCAUCAUGAGCUCCAUAUUACAGCACUGCUUGGUUGAAAAAGCAUAAUAUUUAAUCUGUGAUUAAUUAAAGCUGGGUUACAAGGUGACCCAGAGGUCUCUGUGCACUCCAAAAGCAAAUGGAGAUUCAGUAGAAGCCUGGGUUGCCUGAAAGCCUUCAUACCACUGCUGCAGAAACCCUUUUAAAUUUGUCUGUUACUGGAGUGUGGUGUGUUAGAAGCUGUGCCAGAGAAACAGUCUUUGUUCUUUUUGGCCCCCCACAGAGCAUAAAAUCUUCAUUCAGACACAGUUAAGACUUAAAAUGUGUUGACAUGGAGGAAGACUGUGCAAAAUUCUUUAACCUUGACAACUUGGUACAUAAUUACAGUACAUUGCUGUAUUACUCAGACUCAAAUUGGCAUAAAUACAUAGAAGCUGAAGAGGAUUGUAAUGUUGAGUCAAACAUAGGCAGAGAAUUUUUUGUGAUUUCUUUUGAAGAGACUUUUGAGUAGGACUGGGCUUAAAGUAUUCAUCACUUCCCCUUAGUUACAUAGGAAGGAGAUGCACCUUUUUUCCAUGUAAGAAAAAGUUCUAAUCAAAACGUAUUUUGAACCUUGAAAAUUGGUAACUUAGGUGUAUUCUUCAGUCGACAAACUUGUUUUCUCUCGGUAACCUCUAAUAAACUUACAAAAUUCAGAAGUGUUAUUAACAGAUUACAUCUGUUUAAGUAAACUUCAUUCUUUUUUGUAGGUAAAAUUAUUUUCCUCAUAACCAUAGCUCAGUCAUGCCCAGGAAAAAAAGGAACUUUCCCUUCAGUCUCUGUUAACUUAA